AUGGCCCCCUCAGCAACAAACGGCACGAUGAACGGAACCCAGAAUGUUGCGACGAAUGGCGCGACGAAUGGCGAACAACCUGAGUUUCCACAUGAAUCUAACCAUGAGGGAAGUUUCAUCACGACCAUGAACGGUGCUCCCGUGCAAAGACCUGCAGCCAGCCAGCGCAUCGGCAACCAACUGAGAGCCACGCUGCUGUUGCAGGAUAUCAACCUGCUUGAGCUCAUCCAGCACGUCACACAUGAACGCAUCCCCGAGCGUCUUGUCCACGCUCGAGGUUUCAAUGCCUACGGUUACUUCGAGGUCACAGACGACAUCUCCGAGUACACCAGCGCCGCCUUCCUGAACAAGGUCGGCAAGAAGACGCCUCUCCUCACACGCUUCUCCACAGUUGCUGGCGAGCGAGGAUCUGCUGAGACAGUCCGUGAUACCAGAGGCUUUGCCUUCAAGCUCAGAACUGAGGAGGGUAUCCUCGACUGGCUUUUCCUUUCCACGCCUGUGUUCCCCAUUCGCGAUGGUGCCAAAUUCCCAUCAUUCACCCACGCUACUAAGCGGAAUCCUAAAUCUGGCCUGCCGGACCAUAGCAUGUUCUGGGACUACUUCAAUAACAACCAGGAAGCCAUCCACUUCCUGAUGUUCCUCUUCAGCGACCGAGCUACCCCCGUAGACUUUCAACACGCCGACUGCUUCAGCAUCAACAGCUACCGCUUCACGAAGUCCGACGGCAAGUUUGUGUACGUAAAAAUUCACGUCAAGACGAAUGCUGGCGUUCAGAACUUCACCGCUUCUGAAGCGGCGACAGUGGCCGGAACGGAUCCCGACCACCAGACCCGCUCGCUCUUCAACGAGCUGGAGAACAAGGGCACGCCCUCGUGGGAUGUCUACGCCCAGAUCAUCGACCCCGAGAAGGCGGCCAAGUACCCCAUCAACAUUUUUGACGCGACCAAGACCCUGCCGUUCGAGGACUUCCCCCUGAGAAAAUUCGGCAGAAUCGUAUUGGACAACAACGUCGGCAACUUCUUCGCCGAGAGCGAGCAGAGCGCCUUCAGCCCUACGAACCUCGUUCCCGGCUGGGCUUUGUCGCCAGACCCCAUCCUCCAGACCCGUUCCCUAGCAUACGCCGACACGCAGCGCCACCGCCUCGGCACCAACUUCAUCCAGCUGCCCGUCAACAGGCCGGCGCGCAGCUUCAACCCGGUGAACCGCGACGGUGCGGCCAGCCUGGGCGACAACCUGGGCGCGACGCCAAACUACUUCCCGUCGUCGUUCUUCCAGUACGGCGUCUCGGCGCAGUACGCGCAGCCCGACGAGGAGCACUGGCUCGGCACCGUCGAGGACUUCCAGUCCCAGGUCGUCGCCGCCGACUACGAUCAGGCGCGCAUCUUCUGGCAGAAGACGCUGCCCGGCGACCCCAACGGCCAGGCCAACUUCGUGAGCAACGUCGCCGGACAUCUUUCCGUCGCGGUGGAGUCAGUGCGCAAGGCUACAUACGCCAUGUUCGCCAAGGUCGACGCCGACCUCGGCCAGAAGAUCCAGACGGCCACCGAGGCGCAGGUCGCGAAGAGCAAGAGCAGCAGCACGUCGUCGCCGUCCACCACCAACGGCGUGACGCAGAAGAUGGGCAGCAUGAAGCUCGCCGACCUGCACGCCAAGAAGCAGUCGGCCACCGAGUCCCACAACUUCGACCUGUUCGCCCACAAGACGUGGAACCUUCAGCAUUGA